UUUAUUUUUCUUAUAUUGGUACGAGAUUUUAUUGAUUGUUUUCUUUCGUAAAAGAUUUUCGGCCAGACGGCGACUGAAAUUGCAAGUUACUGUGAUAUAUUUAUUUUCAAUAAUUAACUAUUCUUAUCAACAAAUUAAAUGAGCAGGGAUAUCGAGUUAUGUCUAUAAGUAAUGGAAGGUACAGAACUGGGUGGCGACCAGCAAUUCUGUUUGAGAUGGAACAAUUUUCAAGCGAAUAUAACUUCUCAAUUCGAGGCACUGCGCGAUGAUGAGGACUUCGUGGACGUCACCCUGGCAUGCGAAGGUCACAGGCUGGAGGCCCACAAAGUGGUUCUCUCAGCGUGUAGUCCUUAUUUCAAGGAAUUAUUCAAAAACAAUCCAUGUCCUCACCCCAUAAUAUUCAUGCGCGACUGCGAGGUGUCGCACGUACGCGCGCUCCUCCAGUUCAUGUACGUGGGGCAGGUCAACAUCGCGCAGGCGCAACUCUCGGCUUUCCUGCGCACCGCCGACGCGCUGCAGAUCCGCGGCCUCACAGACUGUUCGCAACACAACGACAAAAAAGUCAAUCGUAAAUCUCCUCCUUCCCAACUACGUAAUUUGCUCAGCGCCAAGCCGUCACAUUCUACCUCCUCCUCCAAAGCCGCAAGCCAAAACGUCGAGACCACCCCCGUCGAGGAAGACAAGAGCGCGCGCCGCUCGACGAGAAAUUCUCCCGAUGUUGCCAGAAAUAAUCUCAACGAAGAAGCUCCAUUUCAAACUUCUAGUCAAAUGAGGCCUAAUAAUGAUGACUAUAGCGAAACGUGCAACUACCCUUCUCUGAGGGUGAAAACUGAUCUCGAAGCGCCAGAAGUGAAAAAUGAGGAGAGCGAUAUUCUUAUGGAUCCCGGCGACGGGGACAGGGCCGACAAGUGUCAAGAGUUUAAUGCAUCAGAUCUUUUGGAACCAAAAAUGGAAGUCAUGGAACAAGAAGCUAGUGACGAGGAGCGUUCCAGCUUUCCGCCGAUGUACUAUGAAAAUAACGCAUUAGCGAACCCCUUCGCAGCUCUGCAAGGUAACGUGGAUCUCAUGAGCGGCAUCGGCACGGAGCUCCGGGACGACAACGCGGAAGUAGGGCGAUGGGACGGACGCCGCACGCGACCCGUGCCCGACGCGGUGUGGCUCGAACAACAUCGACGCGCGCUGCCCUUCGUGCUCAAGAGAGAGAACGAGCGAGAAGUUGCAGCACCAAGGCUGAUAAAGCUGGGCGAGGGAGUGGAAAUCCGGGAAGAAUUGCUCCGCGGCGUCAAGUGGGGCGACUAUCGGAAGGUGACGCGGGGGCUGGCGGCGGCGCUUUUUUCCCCCAUAGAGCUGGCCACGUGCUCCGUCACGGGACAGCGCUGGUCCCGCGCGGGGCAGGAGUCCCGGCCCACCAAGCCGCCUCUCGACCGCCGCAGAGUCCACGCCCUCAUAUCCUACGUCUCCCGACACUUCCCGGACGUAGAAGUCAGCAGGAUCAAGCAGGUGCUAGCGUACAAGUGCAAGGAGAACUGCGCCGCUCUAAGGAUGCGAACCGCCAGGCUGUCGAAUUGUUUCAGCGAGUCCACCAACUAUCUGCUGAGCGCGGCAGCUAGGCCGCCGCCCUGCGACGACGCGCCGGGCGGCAGCGCGCGACCGCCCUAUCCUAAUUUUGAAUCGUCGAAGGGCUCUGGGCCGCUGGGCGCGGGCGGGGGUGCGGGCGGGGGCGGGGCGGCGGCGGGCGAGUUCGGGCGCGCGGGCGACGAGCCCGAGGGCGCCGCGCAGUGAUGCCGCGUGCGCGCCGCACGUCUUUUGCAUAUCAAUUUCAUAAUCUUGUUAUUUUUUACCAAAAAUAAAAGAAAAUCGAACGAUACUCAUCGAGCGCCUCGUCGGCGCCGCGGACGCCGCCUACCAUCGUGGAUCGACGUUCGGCGGCCGCGGCGACCGCCGUCGGCGGCGAGUCGCACGUGUAAAAUAUUCAUAUUUAUUUAGGUGAUAUUUUUCUAUUGGCUACUGAUAAGAUUUUAUCUCGUUAUGUAUCCGCCGGCCGCGCCGGGGUGCAUUGUCGUACGUAAGGAGGUGUCGUGCCCGAAGCUCUAGCAAUAAUUUAUCAGGUUCCUAAGACAUGUUUUGUAGUUAGGUUCUAUUUGCACGAAUUUUUCGCGAACACUGCCGCUUGUUUUCUAAAUUUUUUUUUCGAGGAUAUUAGUCGUUUAGUCGCUUACUUUAUUUUAUAAAAAUGAGUCAUUUUCAGAGUUACGUUAAAAUUUGUAUAUGAGGCAUUUAAGUGCUGUACGAGGGACCGUUGCAAUUGCAAAGUAAAUAUAUCAAAAUGGCAUAAUUUUUAGGACUAACAUAGAGAUAUUAUAGUCAUUUCGUUUUAUAGGUGUAAAUGAUAAAGAAUUUAUUUUGGAGUGUCAGGUUUGGAUAUUGUAAAGUCUUUGGAGAGCUGUGAUCAUGAGGGAUAUAAUAUAAAGCAGUCAUAUUUUUAAAAUAUACAAUUAAGAGUUAUUACGUAAUAUUAUCGAGUGUACAGAAUACCGCGCGAGUCGCGGGCGCGCCGGCGGCGAGCGGGCGAACAUCGCGCGCACGUAUUUAUCAUAUCAAAAAAAGCAAUAACUAUUAUUUGAUAAAAAGAAUACUAUUUUUAAUUUUUAAAUACUAUUUUAAAGUUGUUAAUGAUGUAGUUAGUAAAUUUAAAAAAAUAUCUUGGAUGUCCACAGUCAUUUAUAUUGUUCUUUUGAACGUAAACUGAAAUCCUCAUAAUAAUUAUGUCUCACAUUAUACGUCAUAUCAUUUAACUUAGUUUUUUGACGUUUCGAUGAUAUCGUACAUUUUGUACAAUAACGUAUUUUAUAGAUCCGGUCGUUUAGCCGUUUGAAACGUGCAUGCAUAUCGCAGAUAUAAUAUGUAUUCGUAUUAGAUCCUGUUGACCGGGGUAGUGAAGCAGACACAAUCAACACGAGAACGACAAUCCAGCUGCCUGCGGGCCGAGCACCUGCCCGCAGCGGCCCGCAUUGGUGUACCUAUCAUAAGUUACAGUUACCAGAGUUAGGGUAUUUUAGUAGUCACGCAGUACUACGUAGUAAAUCUUACUAACUUGAACUAUUUUGCGAUGCCAAUCGAAGGUCUUAAUGCUCAAUUUUGCCAAAUUUUACUUGCCGAAAACGCGUCUUGUCUAUUAUUUUGUGUUUUAUCUGUAGUGCAGCCGUUCCCGACUCUCAGGUCUCUUUUAGAUUAUUUGAAUACGAUGGGAAUGGUCAUGGUUGCUCAAUAGGGUGUGUAACAUGGUGGGUUUAUGUGAAAUAAUUUUACCUAAAUUGGAAUUUUGGCCCAAUCAAAGUUAUAUCAUUAGGAAAAUAAAUUGAAAAUUUAAUUAUAAAUUAGGAAGAAUAAAUUGAGAGUUUAAAGAAUUUGCAAGUAUAAAUACUUAUGUGACGAAUGCUCGAGAUGCAAUAUGUUAAUUUAGUGCCAAAUGAUAUAAGUUAACUCGUAGCAAUAUAUUGUAUCCUAAUGCUCUUGUGUAAUUUCUCACGUAGUGUUAAUGACCUAUGAGGUUUCAAAGGUUUCUUUUACAAGACUAUAUAAUAAUAUAUUUAUACAGGGAAAGUGUUAGGUAAUGUAUUGUUGUUCGGAUCUAAGAGUGUUGUUGAGGUAAAAUACUCAUUGUGGCGGGGUGUAAAAAUAAACGUACCUUCCGACUCUCCCGAGUGAUCGCUCCGCGUGCCCCGUCCAAGACGGGCGGCGCGCGGCCUUUUCUAUCCUAGUCUAGUGUUUUGAUAUGUAUAUUAGAGGAAUUUAAAAUUCGUCGCAUUCGAACCGCAGUUAACCCGUCACGCGCCGGCGAAGGCCGCGCGUCGCGUAGCCUCUACCGUUAUUUUUACACUCUGUACUGUAUAUAGCACUGAAUGAGCAAAGGAACAAGAGAAUUUAUUUACUCAAAUAAGUUUUUUAAUUAUUUACUAUUAAUAAUUUUUUACUAAAUUUUAAUAUACAUUAUUUUGCAUUUUAUGAUUGUAAUGGCAGCUGUCCAUAUACAGUGUGACUAUUGAGUCGGUCUUACUUGAUUAGGGUUUCAUAAAUAAAUUGUAAAACGAUACAUCGAACAUGACACAUUGGGCACAAAUAUUUUUAACUAAAAAUGCUUUAGUUUCUUUCGCUUGCUAAUAUAAUGAAUGAAGAUAGUCAAAAACGUAACCGUAUUGUUCCUGACCUAGUGUCUGUUAAAUAGAGUUAAGUGGAACCCUAAAGUGAUUUUUCACUGAGCAGAUAUCUGUAACUUGUAUAUAUUGAGAACAACAUCGAUGCCACUGUGCGGAGCGUGCACAGCGUUGUGCCAAAAUUACGUACUAGUCUUUAAAACAAAUGUUGUUAUCAUUUUUCAGAUUUUAUUUAGUCCAGAAUGUGUUUGUUCCUGUGCUGUGAAAAAUAACAUUUUCUAACAAAUCAACACGCGGCGAGCGCACGAUGUGGUUGUAUUGUUAUGUUUUGGUAGUCAUUGUGGAUCUGUUGACAAAUCAAAUAAUUUGAUGUAAUAUUAAUAGAAUUGGAUUCGACCACAUUGUGUUAAGUGUAGAGUUAACCUUUACCUAGUAGAACAAAUUAUUGUAUAAAACUACGAUUUAAUAAUCGCCAUAAAUGACGACACUUGUAAAUGGAUUUACCUUGCAAGUUUUGCCCGUUGUCUGUAGUUUUAUAUCAUGAUCUAUAUAAGUUGCCUUGGAGGUGGCGUAGAUUUUAGAAAUUAUUGACAAAAUUAAAGGCAUAUAAUGCAUUUGAUUAGAAUGCCAUUUCCCUGGCUUUGAAAAAUGGGAUUAUGAUGGAUUGACAAAAUGUAUUUCCUUUAAAAGUUCCUUCAUAUAAUUCUCUUACUUUGUUGUUUCUUGGCAACUAACGUAUUGUUAUAUUUUAUUUUAUACUUGGUGGCAUUUAUUUACUUUAGAAGUUUUAUUUUUGGGAUGGAAAGAAGAGAAGAGGGGGAAAGAGAUGGGAAGGAAAGUCACAGGUAAAGCCCUAGGCAGAUCUGUGUACUUAUGAAAGUGGCCUUAAAUAAACAUUGUUUUCAAUUUUCUUUUAUUUUUACACUUAAAAGUGUAUUUUUCCAAAUAAUUGAUCUACGCCGUCUACACCGCGACAGUACGCAGGUACUUUGUGUCAUUGAAUGAGUCAAUCUAAUAAUUAUGUAACUAGAGUUAUGAAAGUUGUGUUGAUUUGUUGUUAUAUUUAAAUAGUAUUUAUAAAAUGCACAUUAUAAUUUAGCUUUGAGCUCGUGCAAUAUUAUUCCAAAUUGUUUAUAUAAAAUCUGUUAUAAUUAUUUCUAAAUUGUUAUAUAAAUAUUUUUG